ACUGUAAAUAAAAAGUCGUGACUGUCACUCAAUUCAACACAUUUCAUCUCUGUUCGCCAAAACAAAAAAGGGAAUACAAGAAACAGAGACACGUUAACUAUCAAUGAUGCCGUACUAAUUAAGCACAGCUCCACAAGUCAUCAUCUAUCAUGUGGGGCUUGUGCAAGGUAUUCUGUUCCUAUUUCAACCUCAACGGCCACCCUAAGUGCCAGAACCACAAGAAACAGAGCAAUCAAGAGAAUCUGCUACCCAUUCGAAUCCCAGAUGAAUACGAAGACGUCCCACCACUUUCUUCUUGCAAGAUGUUUUUAGCAUCUUGGCUAUUUGGUUCUAGUAAUAACGCUAGUGCUUUUGUUAAGUAUUUAAUUCUAGCCCUUUUCUCCCCGUUGCUUCUUCCUUUGAUUUGUGCCACGUUUCCGUUUCUUUGUGCUUUGGAGCUGUUCUUCCACCUCAGCCGCUGGGGGUGUUGGAGGAGGAGGAGGAAGAGCAGCCCGGCUGCUGAGGAGGGUUGCGCCGGAGAUGGGAAGAUCCGGGGGGAAGAUGGAGGAAACGGAGAGAGGCUGUUGCAGAGGUAUCUUGAAGAUCAGCUGAUGCUUGUUGCCAGAUCUUUGUACGGGGACGAUGAUGAUGACGAAGAGGAAGAGAUUUUAGAGGCCGAUGUAGAAUAUUUUGGUAGUAAAAGCCCUUCUACGUAAUUUUUUUUGGGGGGUGUGGAAUUGGAAUUAGUAAAAGUGUAAAACAGGUGAUGGCAUUUGUUCUGUUUUGCAGGACCAUUUGGUUUCUUGACGUGUAGUUUAACUUUACGUGUAUAUAAAGGUCAACAUUACUUGACUUUUUUGCGUUGGACUGGAUUCCUUAAAGGCAUUUAUGAAAGCAAAUUUGAGGUUUUUUCAUGCUUUUGAGUUGAGAUGAAGUUUUCUAUUUUGGGUUGUUUGUAAUGUAUAUGAAUGUAACUGAAGUUAUAGAACAUAUAUGGCAAG